UGAUCAAUUUCAUUUGACAGAAGCUGUCUGGAAUGCUUACGACGGGGAGCAGAAAACCCCUGCAGUAUCAGUCAAUAAUUCCUCCCCACUAACUGUGCUUCUAGAAAGACGAGACGGGCCUCUUAUGAGUAGCACAAUGCAAGUUGAAGAUGCUAGAUACCUGAAAAAAAAAGUUAAGGUUGGAUCUUUAGACGUUCAUCCGACAGAGAAAGCAUUAAUAGUUAAUUAUGAGUUGGAAGCAACCAUUCUUGGGCAGCUGGGAGAUCCCAUGUUAGGUGACAGAAAGGAAUGUCAAAAAAUUAUACGUUUAAAGAGUUUAGAUAGCAAUACUGAUGUUGCUGCUCUAGCGAGAGAAGUUGUUGAAAAAUGUAAAUUGAUUCAUCCUUCCAAACUCAGUGAAGUUCAGCACCUCAUUACCUAUCUGCUUUCAAGAAAAGAAAUUGGGAAAGAAGUCCAUGUGGGUCUCGAACAUCCUGUUCCAAAUAUUCCUGAUGGCAUGAAUGAGCAAGCAAACUUGAAUGAGUUGGACUCAUACAUGGAAAUGCUGUAUGAAGACAUGCCUGAAAAGGUCAAAGGAGCCUCAUGUAUUUUGCAACUUGCAAGAAAUCCUGAUUAUCUUGAAGAAUUAUGUCAGAAUGAAACUGUGUUAGGAGCUUUGGCAAGAGUUUUACGGGAGGACUGGAAGAAAAGCCUUGACCUGAGUUACAAUAUUGUCUACACUUUCUUUUGCUUUUCAGUUUUUUCAAACUUCCAUACAGUUAUUUCACAUUUCAAGAUUGGGUCUUUGUGUAUGGAUAUAAUUGAUGGUGAACUUCAACGUACUGAUCAGUAUCGAGAGCAGCUGACAAAACGUAAAAAGGGAGACAGCAGUGGUGACCCAAGUAAACUGCAGCAAGAUUAUGAACGAAACUUGAAGAAAUACCAAGCUGUUGUAGCAAAGCAAGAUCAGGUUUUGCGAGUAUGUACAUACUUGUUAUUAAAUAUAGCUGAAGAUGCAAGGGUUGAAGAAAAGAUGCGAAGGAAAAAUAUCGUAGGCCUCCUGAUUCGGAUGCUUGAAAGAGAAUCCCCAGAUUUACUGUUGCUUGUGGUGUCAUUCCUCAAGAAACUGUCUUGUUACAUGGAGAACAAAGAUGAUAUGGCUGAUCUCAACAUUGUUGAAAAAGUCACUAGGCUGGUAAAUACUGAAAACAGUGACCUACUUAAUGUUACAGUGCGGCUUCUUCUCAAUCUUUCAUUUGAUGCAGGCUUAAGAGCAAAAAUGAUCAAAGUUGGACUUCUGCCCAAAUUAGUGUCAAUUAUAGGUGAAGAGCGACACCAGCAGGCUGUACUAGCUGUUCUGUAUCAUUUGAGUGUUGAUGACAAGUGCAAGUCCAUGUUUACAUAUACAGACUGCAUCCCAACAGUGAUGAAACUGAUUUUAAGUUCUCCUGGCCCACAAGUACCUCUUGAGUUGAUGUCUUUGGCAGUCAACUUGGCUGCAAACAAGCGCAAUGCUCAACUGAUAUGUGAAGGUAGUGGUCUGAAGCUCCUGAUGAAGAGGGCCUUGAAACACAGAGAUCCACUUCUUACUAAGAUGAUCCGAAAUAUAGCUCAACAUGAAGGUCCAACUCGAGCUCUGUUUACGGAAUUUGUGGGUGAUCUUUGUGAGGUGGUUAGCUCUGGUAGCGGUGAUGAAUUUGUCCUGGAGUGUGUAGGUGUCCUCGGUAACCUUUCCUUUCCUGACUUGGAUUACUGUCAGCUGUUAUCCAAAUACAAUCUUAUUGAUUGGGUUAAGGAGAGUCUUCAACCAGAUGCAGUGGAAGAUGAUCUGGCACUUGAAGUAGUGGUAUUGUUAGGUACAAUUGCGGGUGAUCAGGCUGCAGCAGAACUGAUUGUUGAAACAGGAAUACUUCAUGCAUUAGUCAAUCUGUUGAAUGCCAAGCAAGAAGAUGAUGAAGUUGUUCUCCAGAUAGUUUAUGUGUUCUAUCAACUAACUCGACAUGAAGCAACAAGACCUCAAGUUAUCUCAACAACUGAAGUGCCAGCUUAUUUGAUUGAUCUCAUGCAUGACAAGAACACAGAAAUCAGGAGAGUGUGUGAUACUACUCUGGACAUUAUUGCAGAACAUGAUGAAGACUAUGCUGUAAGGAUCCAGUGUCACAAAUUUCGGUGGUACAAUAGCCAGUGGCUUGAUAUGGUAGAAGAAGCAGAGAAUAUUGACACAAUGGGUGGAGAAGAGAUGGCAGGUGGUGAAGGACUCGGCCACUCUUUCCUACAUCAUUCAGAUGUAUUAGAUCACCAAGGCUUAUAUUCAGAUGGCCUCUCUUCUCCUGAAAGUGAAGAAUAUCCUGGUAUUAAUGGACACUGUGAAAGCUCACGGCCUAAUUCCAAUUAUACAAAUAGUGCUUACAAUGGGUGCCUUUUAAGGCCAGGACAAAUGUCUGGAUUUAGUGCUGACUUGGAGCAGUUUGCGGAUGAACUUUUGAAGAAGGCUGGAGUUUAAGAAAUGACUUGGCACUGCUGUUGUGGGGGUCUCAUUUUUAUGCACGUGUCUAACUAUCUUUUCAUCAGUUUUUCUAUUUAUGUAAUUUUUAUAUGUAAAUACUAUGUAUUGUUAUAUAUCCUUUAAGGUGCCUAAUCAAUUUGAGAUUUCUGGGUGGCCCCAAAAUUCAUAUGUUCCAAAGCACAUCCUGACAAAUUAUGGACAGAACAAUGUUUUAUAUUGCCUUCUGUAAAUUGAUUUCAUGUUGUAAAGCUGGUCUUGGUUUAAUUUUAAAGCUGAAUACAAAUGCUUUAUUGCAAUAUGUUUAAAAGUGAAAAACAACAUAAAAUAUGAAAUGGCUUAUUGAAUUCCCCCCCAAAUUUUAGUUGAUGAUGUCUUUUGACAUUAUUAAAAUUUCAAGGUUAGGAAUAUAUUGCAUGGUGUUAUAUGAAGUCAUCAGAAUCUCUUAAGGGUUAAUGGAAAUUUUGUUGCUGACUUUCCUUCGUGUACUUUUAAAUGUUAUUUGGGAAGAUACUGUAGCUAAAAUUGAACUUUAAAAUGUAUAAUAAGUGGAGACUCGUACAUCUGAAAUAGUACUUCACAAACAAGAUAAGCAAUUUGUAAGGGAUCUAGAUCUUUCCCAAUUGAAAUGUGAUCUUCCUGUGCACCCUAGUCAUUUCUAGUUUAUAUAUUAAGAUAAAUUCACUGCUAUGGUGCUUUUGUUGACUUGGAUCCCACCCGUUACCUUUUGGAGCUAUCUAUGUACUAUUCGGCAGUUUUAGUUAAAACUGUUUUUUCCAGUAAGUUAGCUUUUAUGUUUGCUACUGGUUUGUAUGGUCACAAAACACAAAAGAAUUUGUUUUUUAUCUCCUUACAUUUCCAAUUGCUUCCAAUAUGUUAUGUACAACAAAAAUAACGUUUAUGUUACAUAACAAUUAAAAAACAAUUCCAUCGCGGAACACUAAUUCUUUGUAUAAAUUUGUGUUGGAAAAAUAUUAAUCCAUAAUGAUAGACAUGCUUUAAUCUUUGUUCUUUGUGUUCUAAGUUUAAAUUUUAUUCCUUAGUAAAAAAAAAGCAAGAGAAAUAUGUACAUAUGCAUACCAUAGGGUUUGUUUUUUAUCAAGGAACAAGAUUUAGCAUUAAUUUGUUUUUUUUGUUAUUGCUUCAUAUUCAUUAAGUGAAUAUGUGGUGUGAAUGACUAAUAAAAAUGGUAAAAGAAAAUAGCAGUUCUGCCUCUAGUUUAGACUGGUAUUUAUUGUAAUGAGAGGAGAUCAUAACACAGGCACCAAUGUAGAUAUUAUAAAACAUUUUAUUGUGUGAAUUAUUUAAUUUCAUUUGAAAAGAUUCAGCAUUUUUCCCUUUAUGUUUUUUUGAGUUAAGAAGGACUCUCCUCCAAAUACAAUUUCUGUCAUGUUUCCCUGAAUUGUAAAUAUCUAGUGUGUACAUUCCAAUCUCAUUAUGUAUGGUUUAAAUAUGCAAACUCAAUAUACCCACAAUAUUCUCCUAGCUUCUACUUUAUAGUAAUGUACAUGUACUUUAUGCAUAUUCCUAAAGUAUCUGUAUGAGCAUGAUUUUCUUGACUCUUAAAGGUUUGAUAAGGAAAAGACUAAUGACGCUGGAAAACUUAAUAGUUGUAGGUAAAUGAAGACAUGUUAGUGGAAUUGAUGCAAACUGCAUGUUACCUUUUCUGUUUAAAUUUCACUGUGGAAGAGUAAUGAAUGCUUGUUUUUCUUUUAAAGAUUAACACCUUUUUAGUGAUCUCUAUUUCUAGUCAGAAUUGAAACUUGUUUUCUUAGAUUUUCUCAGUCAACCUGAUACUGUAUAACAUAUACAUUUUGAGAACUAAGAAGAAAUUCCUUCUUAUUUUGAUAGAUAAGAAUAAAAUUUUCUUUGCUACAAUACUUCAAUUUUUUUGUAGAAUUAAUUAUUUUUCAAGGAGACCAGAAUUUUAUAUUAUUUUUAUGAUUUUAUUUUACUUUUCUGACAGUAUCAGUGAACCUUUACUUAUAUUUCUGUAUAUUUAAGUUCAUGAAUACAUAAUGUUUCAUCAUUUCAGAUAUCUUCUCAAUUAGUGAUUUUUUAUUUUUCAUUAGUUAAUGUAAAGAUAAGAAAUGGAGGAAGUUUCAGGGGUCUUUUUGUAAUGUUAAUUUUAUUUUAUAGACUGGGAAUUUUUAGUUUUAAAUCUAGUUUUAUAUGCAUUGAUGUCUACCUAACUGCCAUUUUGUUUCUUUAGCUGCUGUCUUCUACAGCUUAUUUGAUAGGGAGAUUGUGAACUUCAUGCACACAAAACAUCUAGAAAAGUUUUGAGUGAAGAUUACAUACAAUGAGUGGAUGCAGACAUCAGCAGAAGAAUUUUGUGAGGGACUGUAAUCAAUGUAAACAGUUUUACUUAUUUUGUCAGGCAUUUUGAAGAAGAGCUGACAGCUUUUGGUCAAACUCCAAAGGUAUUUUUUCAAUUUUAUAUGUGAUGCAACAUGACUGGGGUAUCAACAUUGUAUACUCACUGAGCAGCAGUGGAUAGAUUUAUGAUGAAAGGUGGUAAACUUUGCUAAAUUAAAAGACCAGAGUAAUUUUACCGCUGUUGUUUAUGUAACAUGUACCUCUGUCUAGUGGAAAGGAUUCCAAAAUCUUUCUGCAUCUGUAGACAAUAUAUUCCUUCUUAGUGAUAUUAAUCUUGUAAAUUAGGUAAAUAAAUGCUUUUGUAGGAUGUGUCGAAUGCAACAAUGUUCUCUUCAGAGUUGAUAACCCUUAUGGAAACACUUAUUACUGGAUUACUGUUUAAAACUACUUGCAAUGAUACUAAGUGAGAAAAUAUGGUUUAUCUUGAUGAUAUUGUUGAAGAUAGGGAUGUAAUGUACAUACUGGCAGAUUUCUUACACCAAAGAUGGGGGUAAUUUUACAUUAGUGUGUAAUUAAUAAACAAUAAGGAAACUUUCAAUGGGAAAACACUGUAUUUCACAAUGUCUUUGAAAAAGCUUUUUUGGUUCUAAUGGCUACUGUUGCAAAUAUUAUUGAAUUAUUAAAAAUAACUGUGAUGCUUGUAUAGAUAAGAACAGGCAAGAUUAAUGAUGUAUUGUAUUGUUUGCAGCUUGUAACUGAUAAAGACCAAUGAAAUAUAUCCUUCCAGGAAGCAAAAAAUGUGCACUUGAUAGCUUAGCUUGUAUAUUUAAGUGAGAUAGCGCAUAUGUUUCUUACUUAUAACUUUAAGCUUCAAAUAAAGAAGAUAUUGGUAAA